AUGGACUUGAAAACGAAGCAUGAAGUUGUUCAGGAAAAGAGCAUCGACAAAUCGAGCAUUGUGAACGAAAAGUACAGCGACACUUACGAUGUCGAGCCGAUCGCCGCCCACAUCGAGGACGACGAGGACUCUCCCAUCGAAGAAGUCAGACUUGUCGUGCCAAACACGGAUGAUCCGACCUUGCCCGUCUAUACAUUCCGUAUGUGGUUACUCGCCAUAAUUUUUACCGCACUGCUUGCAUUCGUCAACCAGUUCUUCUGGUACCGUAAGAAUGCUAUGACUUUGACCCCGCUGAUUAUUCAAUUGGUCAGCUAUCCGUUUGCCAAGUUUAUGGAGAAGGUUAUCCCCAAAUCCCGCUUUUUCAACCCGGGCCCGUUCAACAUGAAAGAGCAUGUAUUGAUCACAGUCAUGGCCAACUGCAGUUACGUUACUGCCUACUCCAUCGAUGUCAUAACCAUCCAGAAGCUCUGGUACGACCAAGAUAUCGGUUGGGGAGGUGGUUUGCUUCUCACUUGGACUACUCAGCUUAUUGGCUACGGUAUGGCCGGCCUUGUCCGAAAAUUCUUGGUGUAUCCUCCAAGCAUGGUAUGGCCUACCAACUUGGCCAACAUCUCGCUUUUCCGAACAUUCCACGUUCCUGAAGGUGAAUCUUGGACCGGCCCAACCCGCCUUCGAUGGUUCAGCUACUGUUUCGUUGGCAUGUUUGUAUACUAUUGGUUGCCCGGUUACUUCUUCCAGAUCCUCACGUUCUUCAGCUGGGCGUGCUGGAUUAACAAAGAUAACCGCGUCUUGGCUCAACUUACCGGAGGUUACAGUGGCCUCGGCAUGCUGGCCGUGUCAUUCGACUGGUCCACUAUUGUAUCAUAUUUGCUUUCUCCUCUCGUUGUACCCUGGUGGUGCAUUGCCAACAUUACCGUUGGUUUCAUUGUUAUUGCAUGGGUCAUAGUACCUGCUCUUUACUACACAAACGUCUGGGACGCACAAAAAUUCCCCAUCAUUACCUCUUCUCUAUUCACCAAGGAUGGCGAACUCUGGGACAACAAUAUGGUGCUGACUCCAGAGAAUACAUUGAACGAAACUGCUUACGAGGAAUACGGUCCCAUGUACAUGAGCAGUUUCUUUGCCUUUACGUACGGCAUUGGUUUUGCUGGCCUGACCGCCGUCUUGUCGCACACUGCAUUGUAUCACGGCAAGGAUAUCAUCCAACAAUACAAGCGCUCGCGCAAUGAAGAUAUGGAUAUUCACGGAAAGCUCAUGCGCGCUUAUCCCGAAGUGCCUCACUGGUGGUAUGGCGCCUUGUUCUUGAUAGCAUUCGGCGUUUCCUUUGCUGUGCUGUAUUGCUGGCCCAUGCAGCUCCCAUGGUGGGGUAUGUUCCUUGCCAUGGCUCUCGCCGGUAUCUUUGUCUUGCCAAUCGGCAUUGUUCAAGCCCUCAGCAACCAGCAACCUGGCUUGAACGUUAUUACCGAGUUCAUCAUCGGCUUUGCUCUCCCCGGUCGUCCCAUUGCCAAUGUCACAUUCAAGACCUAUGGUUACAUUUCCAUGUUUCAGGCUUUGACGUUUACAAGCGAUUUGAAACUUGGCCAUUAUACCAAGAUCCCUCCCAAGGCCAUGUUUUAUGUUCAAGUCGUUGGCACUUUGCUCGGUGGUUUGAUGAACCUUGUUACAGCACGCUGGCUCAUGGAUUCCGUGCCUAAUAUUUGUACUGAGGAAGCCUAUCCAUUCACCUGCCCUUCCGCACACACUUUCUACUCUGCAUCGAUCAUCUGGGGUACCAUCAGUCCAGCCAAGAUGUUUGGCAAUGAAUCUGUCUAUAGCUCGAUGCUGUGGUUCUUUUUAAUUGGUUUCUUGCUUCCUGUUCCAUUCUGGCUCGCCCACAAGAAGUUCCCUCAAGUUCAAUGGCUUAAAUAUGUCCAUAUUCCUUUGAUCUUGAACGCCACAGGAAUGAUGCCUCCCGCCGUUCCGCUCAACUUUUCCGCAUGGUGCGCUGCUGGGUUUGUCUUUAUGUUCUGGCUUCGCCGAUACCGUCACGAGUGGUGGUCCAAGUAUAAUUACAUUACUUCUGCUGCUUUUGAUUCAGGCGUUGCUAUUUCCGCCCUGAUCAUCUUUGGCGUUGUCAUGGGAUCCGGUUACACCCCAGAUUGGUGGGGUAAUGGAAAUGCUGCCAACUGGGGUGCUUAUUCCACUUUUGACAAUUGUCCACUAGCAGGAGCGAACGCAUCGAACAUUUGUGCUGAAUGCUAA